UACAGUGAGUGGACGUGUGUAUGUUAAUUAUUAAACCGGAAUCGAUCUUUAUUACGAAAAAACUUGUUCAGGAUUCUUAAAUAAUUAAAAAACAUCGCGUUUCUUGAUUUAAGCGUUACGAUCAAAUAAUAUUUUGUGAUUAUAAAGAUUUAACUUAAAAGUGAAAUAAAUUGUAAGAAGUUUCGAGAGAAAGUAGGUAUUCCAUACCUACCUAAUUAACAUUUUGAAAAAAAAUCGGUACAGUGUCAGUGGUGCUAAUAUUUAAGUGGCACGUGAAGUGAACCUAAAAAGGUCUAAAACAACCAGAAAAUGAUCCAGUGAUCGACGCAAAUACCGAAUCGACUACGGAGGGCAUAGAUAUGCUUGGGCUACUUCCUCUAAAAUGGCUCGCAAGGUUUCAAGAGGGCGGUAUCGCCAACCAAUUCUUCAUGGCACUAAUGGUUACGAUCCCGGUGAUGAACUUCGGGAUGCUCAUGGGCUGGCAGUCACCUAUGACGCCGAUCCUGCAAGCGGAAGACGGACCGGCACCAGAACCAAUCACAGACGAAACCAUUUCCUGGAUGGCUUCCAUCACCUUUUUCCCGCCGAUCUUCUGCGGUCUGUUCGUUGGCGACCUAGCUGACCGCUGGGGAAGGAAAAUCACCACCUUACUUACCUCACUAGCGCUUGUGAUUAGCUGGGCCAUCACUUUAUUCUCCUUGAGUCCAUGGGCUUUAAUUACUUCAAGAGCGGUCGCUGGGCUUGCCUGUGCAGGCUGCUACGUUGUCACCCCUCUGUAUUUAAAAGAGGUGGCAGCAGACAAUAUCCGGGGAGCACUAGGUUCCCUUUUCAUCCUCUCACAGAACCUCGGCUACCUGCUGGUCUACAUAGCCGGAGACUUCUUCUCGUUCUCAGCUGUCAUGUGGCUCUGCACCGCCAUACCGGUUCUACACAUGUUAGUGUUUCUGGCUAUGCCCGAAACGCCAGUAUUUCUAGUCAAGCAAGGAAAGUUUCAAGAAGCCCGAGUCGCAUUGGCGUGGUUAAGAAACACCUCCGUGGAUGACAAAAACCUGGAAGAGGAGGUGCAAAUAAUGGAGAGAGAGGAGGAGUAUGCCAAGUCUAUGAAAAAGGCGUCUUGGAAAAGCCUAGUGCAAGACAAAACCACAUUCAAGGCCUUCCGUAUAGCAGUAAACGUUAUGCUCUCGCAAGAAACUUGCGGUUACCUAGUCGUUCUAAUGUACGCGGGGUCUAUCUUCGAACAGGCUUCAGAGUCCAUCAGCUUGAAGUUAAGUCCCAACAAGCAGACGAUAGUAGUGGGCGCUAUACAAUUGCUGGGCUCUAUUGUUGCCAGCUGCAUCGUAGAGAAGACUGGGCGGAAGUGGCUUCUAGCAGGUACGUCAUUUGCGACGGGUCUGUCGAUGCUAGCUCUUGGAGGCUGGUUCUACAUAACCUCCAUGUCAAUAUGGCUGCCUGGCUGGUUGCCAGUAGUUGCUAUGUGCCUUUGCAUCUUCGCUGACGCCGCGGGAUACCAACCUGUGCCAUAUGUGAUAACGUCGGAGCUGUUUUCGUUUCAGCAUCGCGGCAUGGUAACAUCCUUCGUGAGCAGCGUGGACGCGUUAAGCGACUUCCUCCAAACAAAAGCCUACGACCCCCUGCUGAAGCUCCUUGGAAUCCAUUGGGUUUUCAUAAUGUUUUCCUUAGUUUGUUUCAUCGGUACACUGUACACUGUGUUAUAUGUACCAGAGACGAAAGACAGAACUCUUGAAGAAAUUUACGCAAUACUUGACGGAAGGCAGAAGGAGAAGAGGAAAGAUGUGGAAGCUGGAGACGAGAUUAGUAGAUUAUAGAGUUACCACAGAUUAAUGACCUGACUGUGUAUGAGCAGUCUAUAAAAUAUAACUAGAUAAUGACAUGAGGAGUGUAUUCCAACUCCUUAUAAUUCUUCUAGAUGCCCAGUUUAAAUAUAUUUUGGUUAUAUGUUAGUCAGUUCAGUGACGAUAAUGUUAGAAACAUAAUAAUAGAAAUUAAAUAAAAAUAUAAUUAUCCUGGGGCCUGAGAAUGAAAACUAGGGACUAGGAUAUGAUAAGUAGGUAACAAUGACGCACCUACUGAUGUAAUCCUGUAACUUUUUUGGCAUUUUGCCCAUCGCUUUUCUGUAAUCAAAACGCAUAAUUUGACUGCGGUGGUUUUUUAACUUUAAACGUGUAAUAUGCAUAUUGUUAGUGCUCUUAAUAAAUAAGUAAAAAGCACUUUAAAAUGUUACAACUGUUACCACAAUUACCACUGUUAAAAGUUACCGAAUACGGAGUAGGGAUGUACUAAAGUAAAAUUCAUAUUGUGUGAUUCGAGCUGCGAAAUACUUAAGUAGAUAAUUUCAUUCAAAGUUAUUGUAAAUGAUGCGUUGAAAAGUGUAUUAUUGCGGCUGGGAAUCGUAACGAAGGUUUCCACGGGCAAUUUGGAGUUCAUAAUUUUAGAAUUUUCUAUUGUCUGCUCUGGUAGGAAGCUUUGGAUGGGGCUUAUUACCACUUUACAGAAACGUACCGCCAAACGAUUUAGCGUUCCAGUCCAAUGUCGCGUAGAAACCGAUGUGUGUGUAAUAUAACUGCUAUACCGCUUAUAGCUCAAAGCGUAGCACUAAGGCUUAGGCUGGAGCCUAGAAGGAAUCUGUAUUAGCGUGUACAAAUCGCAUGUUCUUAAUCGCCCGGCCUGGCGUUAGCUCUCGUAGACCUUCGCGCAUGUACCUUGUACAUUUCCUCAAUAACCUAUACCAGUCCACUGCUGGAAUAAAGACCUCUCCCAACGAAAAGGUACAUCCAUAAUCGCUGGGCUAGGCAGUUAGGUUGGUGAUUGCAGUAGAUGUUAGCAGUAGCACAGAGAACAAUGCUGCCCGUACUCCGUUAUAGGUAUUCCCUUAGUCGCCUCGUACGAAAACCGCGGGAAGAAGAGGCGGUGUAACCUGUAUUCUGAUCUGCCAUCACCACACGGCAAACUUCACGAUUAAAAUACUCAAAACUAUGACAGUCAUUCCCGCCGAUUUAGCCGACAAAAACCAAUUUUAAUGUUUUUUUUUACUAUUUAACUUAACAUUUUAAAUUUCAAUUCAAUAGCACAUAAUCUAUCGGUACAAAUAUUGAAAAAAAAACGGGAAAUUUGUGUUUGAUGGCUACCUACACUCAGUCUGCGUUAAUGGCUCGAUAUCUGGGUUGGAAAACUAUAAUAAACUGGGUAUGUAAGUAAGUAAACAAAUAAAUAACUGUUCUACCUACGUUUACCUAUGCGUUCUUGUGUAAGUUAACUGUAUCGUGCUUAAGAAUUUUAACUACAUGGCGCUCUUUCUAUUCCAUAUAAAUCAUAGUCAACUUUCGAUCAAUCGAAUAAAGUAGAUAGAUCGAAAGUAGUAAACGUAGGUAAAAAAUCUCACACAGGGCGCCCUGCACAGCCAUUCGUGACUUGUCUUGCAAAUAUAGGACGCGCGUAGUGUAUGAGAAAAUUUACCAAUUUAAUAUUAUUAUAAAAAGGCUAUAAAUGUGGGCCGAAAUUUUUGUGCAAUUGAUAUUAAUCUAGUUAAUUCUGUGAUAGUUGAAAUUGUUAACAAAAAUAUAUUUUUAUUGUGCCUUCCGAUUGUGAUAUUAAUGACGAAUAAAUAAAUGGUAUUAUUAGUGAUAAGUACAGAUGCCAUUAAAUAAUUUAUACA